UUAUUUUCCGAAUUUGGCGCGAGGUAACGUUAGUUAUUUACACGCUUGAAGGCUGUACAAGCAGUUUGAGUUGGACCCUGACGACCCGAGCCUCUCUCUUCUGAAGACGGUCCGCCUUUACCACUGGAUUAUGCUCACUAUCUUCGAGGAAAGGAGCUGAAAAGGUGCUGACAUAAUGUCAGUGGCUGUGGAAACUACAGUGUCCAGAGUACCUCUCCCUCUUCCGACCCACUUUUCCAAUGCAGAACAGUCCUUCUCCCUUAAAAAGCGCCGUCUCCCUUUUUCCUCGUCUUCUACGUCCAACUCGUUCUACUCUUCCCCGACCCGGCUCUCACAUUCUCUGCCCCCACUGCCACCAUCCAAGGGAUGUCCCCCUCUGAGCCGGAUGUUUCCCCAGCAUCCAUCCCACUGGACACCCCUGUCGUAUUCCCUUAGUAAAUCUCCCCCUCCGAAUUCUGUAUAUGAUCCCAGCAAACAGCAGUCCUAUUUCAGUCAGUGCUACACUAACUUGGGCCUGCUGGGAAGAGGAUCCUUCGGAGAGGUCUACAAGGUGGAGAGCAACAAGGAUGGGCGUCAGUAUGCAGUCAAGCGCUCUGCUCAUCGCUUCAGGGGCAACAGUGACAGGAACCGGAGCGUGAGGGAAGCCAGGAACCACGAGCGCCUCUGUCCUCACCCUCACAUCCUGAAUUUUGUGGCAGCCUGGGAGGAGUGUGGUCGACUGUACAUCCAGACGGAGCUGUGUAGCACCAGCUUGCUGCUCCAUGCCGAGAACCAGCCUCCUGGCCCAGAUGAGCCUGCAGCCUGGGCCUACCUGUGCGACCUCCUCUCAGCAUUGCAACACUUGCACUCUCGUGGUUUUGUGCAUCUGGACCUCAAGCCUGCCAAUGUUCUUAUUACUGACUCUGGCCGCCUUAAGCUGGGGGACUUUGGGCAGCUGUUUGAGCUCAAACAGAAGAGUGCAGAGUCUGUAGAGGGGAAAGUGAAAGACGACGUCCAGGAGGGAGAUCCCAGGUACAUGGCCCCUGAACUGCUCCGUGGGAAAUAUGGUCCUGCUGCGGAUGUUUUCAGUUUGGGUGUUUCUAUUCUGGAGCUUGCCUGUAAUAUGGAGGUUCCAAACGGCGGAGAGGGCUGGCAACAGCUCAGACAAGGAUGCCUCCCCUCAGAGUUUACCAGCGGCCUUUCAACUGAGCUUCAGACAGUAUUGCGGAUGAUGCUGGCGCCAGAACCAUCUGAGAGGCCAACGGUCUCUGAGCUUCUUGCUCUCCCCUCUGUUAGGAAACACAGGUGGAAGAGGCGCAUCUAUCUUUUGGUCGCCGAGACCACGCUGACACUGGUCUCUUUCUGUCAGUUGGUAGUAUGCUUUGGGCGUAGACUCCUGUCCUCCCUUCACAUUGUUCCUCACUGGAACAAGCCAUUGCCAUGCACUCCUCCUCAUGGUAGCUGGGACAAUGAUUUAACCCUGCCCCUCAGUGCCAUGCAUGGUGACUCAGGGAGCCCAGAGGAUGAUGCUGUGUUUAUGUUGGAUCCCACAGACCCAGAGCUUUCCCCCACCUUCUCACACAGGGUUAAAUCUAGACUGUCGGUGGAAAGCACAUCCACUCCUCUACCAGGAUCCCCGAGACACAAUCAGCGAAGUCCAGCCCACACAACUUCUCACUCAAAUCUGGGUGAUUGGUCCUUGUGUAACUUAGCGCAAACCCCUUCCAGCAUCCACUCAAAUCGUUCCUGCCACACACUGACACCCAGUGCAAGCCCCAUACAUGCAGAGCUUUAUGCGGAUCGCAUGAAUGAAGACUCCACGCAGAGCCGUCAUUCAUCGUGCACCAAGUCCUCGCAGCGGGAUGGUCGCAACUGGGUCCGAACCGAGGAGGCCUUACCCCGACCCAACUUUGAACCAAAGAACCUGCUCAGUCUGUUUGAGGAUACAACUGUAGAGGGACAGCCAUGAGUACAAGACUGCCCAUUUAGGGGAAACAUUUAAGGGAAACGUGCUUUCACUUUAAAAUUUCCAGUGAAGAGGAACUAAUGUAUGAAUGUACCUAGUUUGUAUGAACUGUUUUUGCCAUAUUGUAACAGUCUUACAACAGCUUAUUUGUAUGUGUAUUUGAAAAAAAAAAAGUAUUUAGAGAAAAGGGUUGAACAUGUAAUCAGACCUUAAAGCACUUUUUAUGUUUGUGUAAAUGCAAUCUGUUGCUGAAAUGACAAGUAAUUGUGUAAUGUUAAAUAAGUUAUCAUUUGCUAUGUGUACUCUGAGUCAUUAACCUCAUGAGGUACAGAAGACAAUAAACGUUUGCAUUAUGUUUUAGGUAGAAGAAACUUU